CCGAGAAGACUCCGUGACAGGCGCUUGGCGCGGUUGCUCCAGUACGUCCUGGGUGUAGUGGGGGGUUUACACGGGACGAUCCGCUGCCUCUUCUGGGUCAUUGCGUUCAAACGAGACACUAUUUCUGCUCCCGAGAGAGAGGGGCUCUAAGUCAGCUGUCUACCAAAGCAGACGCAAACACAUCGAUCAUGCCUCCCGUCGAGAAAGACGCCGGAAAAAAUGAACUCAAAUCUCGAAUCCAGCAGCUUAUCGACGCGAACCAAGUGGUGGUUUUCAGCAAAAGCUACUGUCCGUUUUGUUUAAAGGUGAAGGAUUUGUUCAAAGAGCUGAACGUCGACUGCAACGUGGUGGAGCUGGACCUCCGUGACGAUGGAAGCAACUACCAGGAGAUGCUGCUCGAGAUGACGGGGCAGAAAACUGUUCCUAACGUCUUUGUCAACAAGACACACGUUGGCGGCUGUGACAAAACCAUGCAGGCCCAUAAAGAUGGCAGCCUGCAGCAGCUGCUGAAUGGAGAAGCUGAAGCGUACGACUACGACCUCAUCGUCAUUGGAGGAGGGUCGGGAGGUCUGGCCUGCUCAAAGGAAGCUGCUGCUCUGGGGAAGAAGGUCAUGGUUUUGGACUAUGUUGUGCCUACACCAAAAGGAACCACCUGGGGUCUCGGUGGAACUUGUGUGAAUGUGGGCUGCAUUCCCAAGAAGCUGAUGCACCAGACGGCCAUGCUGUCCACCGCUAUGCAGGACGCACGCAAGUUCGGCUGGGAGUUUGACGAGACAGUGAAGCACAAUUGGGAGACGAUGAAGACUGCGGUGAACAACUACAUUGGCUCAUUGAACUGGGGUUACAGAGUAGCACUGAGAGACAAGAAGGUCGAGUAUGUCAAUGCCUAUGCAGAGUUCAUCGAACCACACAAAAUCAAGGCAAUAAACAAGCGUGGGAAGGAGACGUUUUACACAGCAGCCAGGUUUGUUUUGGCUACAGGCGAGAGGCCGCGCUACCUGGGGAUCCCAGGAGACAAGGAGUUCUGCAUCACCAGUGACGACCUUUUCUCGUUGCCCUACUGCCCUGGAAGGACCCUAGUAAUUGGAGCCUCAUAUGUGGCUCUGGAGUGCGGAGGCUUUCUGGCUGGCCUUGGCCUUGAUGUUACAGUGAUGGUUCGGUCCAUCCUGCUCAGAGGCUUUGACCAGGAGAUGGCCAACCGUGCUGGUGAAUACAUGGAGGGACAUGGUGUGAAGUUCAUUCGCAAAUUUGUUCCUGUGAAGAUAGAGGAGCUAGAAGCAGGAUCUCCUGGCAGGCUAAAGGUGACUGCUAAAUCCACAGAAACCAAUGACCUCAUCGAGGAAGAGUACAACACCGUGUUGAUAGCAGUAGGCCGGGAUGCAUGCACAGAUAAGAUUGGCCUGGGCAAGGUCGGAGUCAAAGUCAACCCCAAGACUGGAAAAAUCCCAGUGAACGAUGAAGAACAGACCAAUGUGCCCCACAUCUAUGCCAUUGGAGAUAUCUUGGAAGGCAAGUGGGAGCUGACACCGGUGGCCAUCCAGGCUGGAAAGCUUCUGGCCCGUCGUCUUUAUGGGGGAUCAACACUGAAGUGCGACUACAUCAAUGUUCCCACCACUGUUUUCACCCCACUGGAGUAUGGUUCCUGUGGCCUUUCAGAAGAGAGAGCCAUUGAGCUCUAUGGGGAGGAAAACCUUGAGUUAUACCACAGUUUGUUCUGGCCUUUGGAGUUCACUGUGCCCAACAGGGACAACAACAAAUGCUAUGCCAAGAUCAUCUGCAAUAAACUUGACAAUGAGAGAGUUAUCGGCUUCCACUACCUGGGGCCAAACGCUGGAGAGGUGACACAGGGCUUUGGCGCAGCCAUGAAGUGUGGAGCCACAAAGGAGCAGCUAGACGGCACUAUAGGCAUCCACCCAACAUGUGCUGAGGUGUUUACCACUUUGGACGUGACCAAGCGCUCCGGAGGAGACAUCAGCAAGGCCGGCUGCUGAGGUUAAACCCUGCUCGUUUAGUGGGCUCUGCUCACAUUGUCCCCAUCAUCCUCUCGCUACUCAGCUUCUAGUGAAUCUUUUAGCUCUGACACCUCUAGCUGCUCACCUUUACUGGGCAGUCGUUCUCAGGACAAAGCUAACACCAUAGCAAAGAGUCUGGAUCCUAUAGACCCACUGGAAGCUGAGGUGAGGAGAGUGGUUGUGUAAUGUGAGUGCAGCCUGCUGAACAGUGGGGUUACUCUGCUGAUAUUUCCACUGGGCUCCACCAGCGUCUACUUCUCAGAGGAGCACCAACACAUUAUUGCUCAUUGUAUGUGUUGGGGCUGUUAGUGAUGUCCUGGCUCGUAACCUGAAAUACUGAGGUGGGCUAGGAUUGAUGUCCUCUGCAGAAGCACCUGGUGUUUGCCUGAACCCUUCGUCCAACCUCAACUUUAAACUUUAAACACUCGAUACCACCUAGUAUCCACACAGCCUGAACCAAGGCAGGUUCAGAUUAGCAGAAAUGGAGACGCAUUUAAUCUGGUGUGUGAGAGAGUAAAUUAAAUGUCAUUCUGUCUGUUCUGUUGAGCCUUCAUUCCUAUAUUUAAAUAUAAUAUACAUAUUGCUGUUAAUGCUUGUGUUGCUGUGGCUUUUGCCUUUUAAAAAAGUUAAUUUUGUUUUAGCCAGGUGUGUGUGCAACACUGCUCAAGAGCCAGCUUUCGUGGCUGCAUCACAGACAGAGCAGAAUGAAGUUCAGCUUUGUCCACAAUGUGUUUGAGUAGAGGCUUUAAACACCACUGCAUUCUGUAUGUAGAGGUUGGAUUUUCUAGAUUCUGGUUAGUCAUCUGUAUAAAUAUGUUGGUGUUGAACCACUGAUGAUGACUUCCCUCAACAUUUAAUAAAGGUGUAGUUCACAGUAAA